CGUGCGGGGUCCCGGGGUUGAGCCGGGCCUCGGCGGCCUGACCCGCGCCCUCGCCCCCGCUCUCGCCCCGCCGCCGCCAUGGGGUGCUGGGGCCGCAACCGCGGGCGGCUGCUGUGCAUGUUGCUGCUGACCUUCAUGUUCAUGGUGCUAGAAGUGGUGGUGAGCCGCGUGACCGCGUCGCUGGCCAUGCUCUCCGACUCGUUCCACAUGCUGUCGGACGUGCUGGCGCUCGUCGUGGCUCUGGUGGCCGAGCGCUUCGCCCGGCGGACCCACGCCACGCAGAAGAACACGUUCGGCUGGAUCCGCGCCGAGGUGAUGGGCGCCCUGGUGAACGCCAUCUUCCUCACCGGGCUGUGCUUCGCCAUCCUGCUGGAGGCCAUCGAGCGCUUCGUGGAGCCGCACGAGAUGCAGCAGCCGCUCGUGGUGCUCGGUGUUGGCGUGGCCGGGCUGCUGGUGAACCUGCUGGGCUUGUGCCUCUUCCACCACCACAGCGGCCUGGGCCGCCACGGCCACGGCCACGGCCACGCGCAUGGGGGCCACAGCCACGCCAAGGGGGCCCGCGCCAGGAACGCGCGCCUCGGCGCCGGCGCCGGUCCCGCCGGCGCGGCCCCGGGCGAGCCGGGCCCGGAGCAGGAGCACGAGCAGGAGGAGACCAACACCCUGGUGGCCAACAGCAGCAACUCCAACGGGCUGAAGCUGGACACGGCAGAUCCAGAGAAACCCAGGAGUGAGGAGGCAGUGGAAGUGCAGGUGAACGGGAAUCUGAUCCGCGAGCCCGAGCACCUGGAUGCCAAGGAGGAGGAUGACGCCGCCGGCCAGCUCAACAUGCGAGGCGUGUUUCUGCACGUGCUGGGAGACGCCAUGGGGUCUGUGAUUGUCAUAGUAAAUGCAAUUCUGUUUUACCUUUAUUGGAAAGGUCCUGAAGGGGAUUUCUGUGUGAACCCGUGUUUACCUGACCCCUGCAAAAGACCAUUUGUAGAACUGGUUAACAGUACGCGUGCUGCACCAGAUUCUGAGGCGUGGCCUUGCUGGGUGCUGUAUUUAGACCCAAGUCUUUGUGUUGUCAUGGUUUGUAUACUUUUUUACACAACUUACCCAUUGCUUAAGGAAUCUGCUCUUAUUCUUCUGCAAACUGUUCCUAAACAAAUUGAUAUCAGAAAUUUGAUAAAAGAACUACGAGAUGUUGAAGGAGUUGAGGAAGUUCAUGAAUUGCAUGUUUGGCAGCUUGCUGGAAGCAGAAUCAUUGCCACUGCUCACAUAAAAUGUGAAGACCCGACAUCCUACAUGCAGGUGGCUAAAACCAUUAAGGACGUUUUCCAUAAUCACGGAAUUCACGCUACCACCAUUCAGCCUGAAUUUGCUAGUGUAGGCUCUAAGUCAAGCGUGGUCCCGUGUGAACUGGCCUGCAGAACUCAGUGUGCUUUGAAGCAGUGUUGCGGGACGCGGCCACCAGCGCACUCUGGCAAGGAUACGGAAAAGGUCCGGUCAGUUAGCAUUUCUUGUUUAGAACUUAGUGACAAUCUAGAGAAGAAACCCAAGAGGACUAAAGGUGAAAACAGCCCAGCGGUGGUGGUAGAGGUUAAGAAAGUGCCAAACAAACCCGAAUCAUCUUUGUGAGUUCUGAAAAGCAGGUGGUUGACUUUUGCUUUAAACUGCAAGAGGAAAAAGACCAUUGAAAUUCUAAGUUUGCCAAGCAGUGUACCUAAAGUCCUUGUCUGGUCACAAUUAAUUCUAUUUUUGUAAGAACAUACUGGGACUGCAGAACAGAGUUCUAUAUUAUAACUUUGUGAUUGUUAGCGCACAGUACCAUUGAAAGCCAGUUUGAACACUAUGUUACAUUUUUGUUGAAAGUAUAACCCUUAUAUAACAAUGACUUUGGAUUUCCAGUUUUCUCAUGACAAAAUGAGGGGGAUAAAUAAAAUUGUUACUGGAAUUUCUCUGGUUUUCUUUCCCCCAUUGUUGGAUUUUGUUAGAAUUAUAAUUGCUAGAUCUUUAAAAUCUACGAAUGUUUCCUUUGACGUUUUAAGGAAUGUCUUUUUGCCCUUUGAUAUCAUUACAUAGCAUAAUGGCACCGUACUUUGAGAGUGACUCAUGAGUGUUAGCAGGAAAUAAGAUCAGUUACUAUUCUGUUUUCUGUGUUGCUGAGUAAUAAGCAGCGUAAUAAUUAACAGACGCAAUUAUAGUUUACACAUAGUAGGGCUUGAAGGGGAUAAGGGGAAGAGAGAAAGUUUACCAACAAUGUUGAGAUCAGUAUAGCAUUCAGACUGCAUCUCUAAAUUCUGAGAACUGCAGUUCGUCUUGUUUUACCAAAGUUCAUCUGAGACAUGGACAUAUUCACCAGCAUUACUUUUUCCAGAGAUUGGUAUUAGAAACAAAACGAACUGAAAGUGUACUCACAAAAUAUAAUGCAGGCUGUUAACCUUUCAAGUUGUGCUGUUAAAAAAAAACCAAAAAACCUUAGUCUUUUUUUUUUUUUGUAAUAAUGGAUUUGAACAGCUUAGAGCACAACCAGUGAUGGCUGUGCAUUUGCUGAGAGCUGACUUGAGAGAAGAAAUUCAGAUGGUUGAUCAGUUUGCAUAUUAUAUUUUUAGUAAGAUAAUUUGAAAAGAUGAAGAAUCCUGACAUUACUUAAUUCCCCUCCCACCCCCCAGGGCUGACCUUGUAAGAUGUCAUAAUAACCACCCAAAAAUUGUUCUUGGCUAUUUCAUUACUGCUGUAGAUUUCAGAUUCAACACGUAUUUAAGGAUGUUAAGUUAUAUUUUUCUUUGAGAGUUAUGCUUUGUAAAGAAAAUGUAGAUUUUGUUCUCAAAAGAAUGAAUACUGAUAUCAGUUAUGUAUAGCUCUAUUUUUCUAGAAAUGAGGUAUUCUGACUACUUCAGUAACUUUUAUAGCUGAUGACUUUUGAGAUGGUUACCUUUUUGGGAUUUGAAAUAAUUCAUUGCUUAAUAGGUCUUAAGAUAAAACUAUUGGGAUACGACAGUUAACUCUUUUAAAAGGGAUAGUCUUUUGUGGUUAGAUGGUGUGUUUUUCCCCUAAUCUAAGCCUAUUGCUGGCAAUGGGCCUAUUUAAGAUGAGCUGAUUUUUUUUUUCCAAUGACAGUGAGGUAAUUUAAGAACAUAGUUUGUAAAUUCACAUUUAUUAUAAUGGGCCAAAACCAUCACCUGCCAAUUUGCAAUAUAUCUUAAUGUUUGUAUCUGAUAUUGUGUAAUUCAGCUCUUUCACUGGUAAGUUACUUUGAAUGUUUGCAAAAAAGAUUGGGUCUGUUUGGUUUUUUUUUUUUUUUUAAACAUGAAAUUGAGGAUUGUCCCUGAGAGGAGAAAAAGCUGCAAAUCGUACUGUCAUGUAAUGCCUGGUUUAACACUUUAGUAGAAUCCUAGAACAAUUUUUCAUAUAAAAUCUCGGCAACACUGUGCCAGGAUGUCUGGCAGGAUACAUUGCACUCGGUGGGUUUUUCUUUGCAGAUGCUCUCUGGGCUGUCUGAAAGGUGCUGUGUUGCCUAGGUAUGAAGAUGUCACUCAGGAGAGGGCAGUGAAGGGCGGUAAGCAUGGAACAAGGGCCGUGGCUAGUUUUUCAAAAGUGCUUUCAAAGGUUGUAGACUUCAGGUUUUAGUUAUUUCAUUUUUCAUACUUUGUAAGUAGCUUAGGCCGUAACAGUGGUACCGUAGGAUUUUUUUUUUUUUUUUUUCAACAGACUUGGUCAGCAAAAUCAGUGGGCACUGACUCACCUUUUGAGUUUUAGCAAUUAUUUAUUUCUUUAUAAUGCACUUUCUAACCCAUUUUUAGCUAUAUUAGCAUUAUCCUUAAGAAAGAAAGACAUGUUUUUAUUUAAAUGUUGUGGGAUUUAAGUGACUUUCACAAUAGCUUAUUCCUAAAAGAAUAUGAGGGAACUACCCUGAAUCAUUAGGAGACGUAAGCCCAUUAUUUAAGUAUGCCGCUCCAUGCACUGCACCAGGUUGAGGGUUGCAUCCCUCCCGCUGGCCCUUCCAUGUGAGCAAGGGCAGCGUAGAAUGUGUUGAGAAACUUGUCCGUGGUGUCCCAUUAGUGAAAAGGACGUGCUGCACACGACUGAGUUAAAACCAACUGGAAAAGUUUGCCAGCUAAGCGCAGCCUGACUGAUGAGAAAAUUCAUUCCCCAUCGUUAACUUUUCUCUUGUGUGAUCCUUUUGUUCUUCCUGAAGAUUAUUAUAUUAUAGAAAUGUGGACUAGAACCUGAUAAAAUCAUCAUUUUGCUGAAAUUAAAAUGCUGAGUAACUAUCCUAGAGUGUAUAAUUUGUAUAGGGAAAAUUUCCAGAUGCACCUUGCAAAAAAA